AUGGACGCUUCGUCAACCGUCGUGAUCAUGAUCGUCUCCUUGGUACUCGUCGUCGGCGUCUUCCUUAUCUGUGUCAAACGAAGAAGAAACCGUCGUGAAAGAGCCAGGCGCACGGAGGAUGCAUCAAGGCAGACCCAGGUCCAAUAUCCACACUUUGAAGAAGAUACUCUCUACCAGUCCAAGAGGCAAAAGCUAUCCCAUAUCCACGCUGCUCUCAGCAACAGUGGAUUUAGCGCUCUACCCGCAGAGCAACAUCGCGGCAACAGAGAUCUCGAGGAUAAUGACGGCCGCAGGCACAACGGCGGCAGCGACCUUGUUGCCCUCAGGACAAUAUCGGAGUCCCACGAACAAACGCAACCCGUAUCGAAUGCCUCUUAUCAUGGGUUUUCAGUACCACCGCCUGUUCAUCAUUCACAGACCGGCAACAACUCCUCCUCGUGGAGAAAUCCGCACCGCGGUGCGCCGCUCUCCUCAACGACAUCCCCACAGCAGAAUAUAUUGUCGCCCGAAGAAGAUAGGGUUUUAGAAAAUACCAGAGAUUAUCUCCUCAGAGCAUCACCGCUUCCUCGGCCGUUGCAGCUACAACGGCCUGUUAUCACACGCACAUCGAUCACGCCCUCGUCAAAGAUUGUCACCACGAUAACGAGACCUGCGAUCAGACAUGUCGAUCUGGACAUCUCCGAGCCAGAUUUGGUGAUCGUUCCGAGGAGUCCGGGUCUGCCUGAUGUAGGGUCGUCGCGAACCGGUCCAAGGACAUCGCCCAAGUUAACGGGCCCAGGCACUAAUUCAAGCACAUCGAGCAGUCAACAGGCACAAGAGCAAAGGCCAGCAAGAGCUGCCGUUAUUAUCCCGACCCAAAAUUCCAGUGUCGCUCCUCAGAAUGCAGACAUGGGCCAGGAUUCAUUCAUGACAAAAGAAGAACUGCGUCGAUUGGCGCCACAGGCCAUCCUCCCUGACGACUAUCAGCCGCCACAGUUUACAGAAGAGAUACCUAUGCCCCUUGCCAAAAACGACACCAAACUUCACCCCGACAGCGAAGAUGGACCAUCAAGAGAGCUGAAUUCCACCUACUUGAUGCUUAAGCCAUAUCUGGCUGCAACUGACCAUCUGCUUCCUGUAGAUGCUGACUCCUCUGCGAAUCCAGGCCACGCUGGCAAUCGCUCCAAUGCCCCUGCUUCGCCUCCGGCAUGUCUUAGCCCUUCCCGGGAUCAAGCUGUUUCACCUACUCCUGCCUCAUUCUCCGCACCAUCACCGCCAGCACGACCAGUGAGACGCAUCUACUCCAUCCGAAGAAACCAGCAGCAACAGCACGAACCACAAGAUCCACCUCCAGAAUCUCCAACGAGGCCCGCAAACGGGCAUUUAUUGGCCCAGACCUCCGCUGCUCAACCGAGCACCUCUGCCAUAGCAGCAUUCCCUCUCCCCCGUCUUCUCUCCACUCCUCCACCUGAUCUACCCACACCUACAUCUGCUCCAAAAUCUACACCAACAACAGCCGUAGGCCCACCCUCAUCAUCGGGACACUCUCAAGCACGCGUCGGAACUGUGCUUGCGACGAUGGCUUCGCAUCUGAACCUUGACUGCGACGGUGCUGUUUCCCCUGCGCUAUCGAACACGAGUUCUGGUGAUAGUUCGACCACUUCGGCUUUGCUAUCGAUUAUCUCCAAUACUACGAGCUCCGCCGGUGCAUCCUCCAUGGGCAGUCUCGGUGAAGACCGAGUCAUGUCGCCAACGAUGGAUCUUGCUUCGCCCACGACCGCAACGGUUUACUCGCCUACGACGCCGUCUUCUGCCGGGACGGGCCCUCCACCUGCAGCCUCUCAUAUCGCAGAUCGAUUUGGUGAUGUUCUGUCGCGAAUCGCAGACGGAAGAGGAAGACAUUAUGACAACGGCAGCGGCCAUGAUCAGCAUCGGGCACAGAAGACAUCGCAGGAGCUGACCACGGACUGGUUGAACAACCCACCGGCGGCAGGGUCGGGUCCGAGAAAGAAGCGGAUCAAUCAUCCACAUGCGCUUGACGGCACCGGAGCAAAGUUAUCGCAAUUCAAUUUUGAAGAGUAG